AUGGACGCGUCGCCUGGGACUCCGAAGCAGAAGCUAAAGCAACUGGAGAUCCCCGGCGUCUUAAUCUGCCACGUAUCCUGCUCCUACUCCGAUGAACCGUCACCGUCGACCGCGACUCUGCGGUUCAUCGUGGAUGAGUCUGGUGACCCACAGCUGCAGUUCCAUCGUGAAGCUGACGUCGGGUUUGUCACCUGCAUCGACGUCCGGACCUCCCAGGUUUGCAGUUCAUGCAUUUGAACCGAGCGGCUCUUGUAACUGGAUUGUGUUCCUCUCUACUUCGAAAGGAUGUGCACGAUGUCCAGCUACAUUCCGUGUUUGUUUUUUUUUUCCCGUUGUUUGAACGACGCAGUAUCAUUACUUUAUGCUGAUCUCUUCCUCUAUGAAAUCCAGCUUUUCAGAUUAGGCCCAGGGGAAUCACUCUGCGUCAGUGAGCGAUUUAGCAACAACAAUGAAAAAGAGGUACAUGGACGAGUAUGUACACGCACGUAUGAGCAUAUAUCUUUUCACUGGGCUUGUUUAACCAGCCACUUUAGACAUCCCAUUUCUUUUUAGAAGCAGUAUAUGUACACACAUGAGUGUGUAUACAGACACACAUUGUAUAUAUCUGCUCCUUUUCUCGCUUUUGUCGAUCGACCACGGAGUAGUUCUACUUUUUGUUGCCGACAUUUCAAUCACUUCAGCAUCCUGUAUGCAUACAUAUUUUCCUGUACUUUUUGAGAGAUAAAUCAAAACCGUCUAAUUUUUAGAUUGGAAAGAACAAGAAAGAUACUUGGAGAGUGCUUCUAUAUCUGGAACGGAAUGUGCGUCUUGUCACCUGUGACAAAUUUCUGUGAAGAAUGAAUUUGGUUGCUGAUUCAUUUGUUGAAGAAUGACUGCACAAAAUGAUGAGUCAUGGCUUGCUAUGUUCCGCUCCAUGAUCUGUUCGUAUGUUAGUUGGUGCUGGUAAACUUCUUUUACAUUGUUCGUAUGGUGUGAGCUGGGACUUUAUUCUGUCUUACUGAUGGCUAUAUCCUCAUUUUUCUGAUGGUGCAGUGAACCUUUUAACAUCCGUGGUCCUGGCAACUAGGUUUUAGAUAUCCAGAUUCCCUGUUUAUUUAUCGACAGCCUUUGUUUUUCAGCAUGUAAUCCGUAUUUUCUCACUUAUAAUGAGUAUUUAGGAUCGGUGCCUUCAUUGGUUAUGCCAUUGUGGAAUAGAAAUGUUCCAAGUUUUAUUUCCAUUCUUUGGUCAUCUGUACAAGAUACCUGUAUUAUCAUGUGUUUCUUCUUGGUGUACUUUAUAUUUCGUAUAUUUUUCAUGUUGAUUACACGUUGAUAAUGAUAUUUUAUGAUGUUUAAUUCUGUUUAUCAACUUAACACCCUGGGCAUAGUCUCUUUUGUUUGAUGGUAUAUGUUCCAAAUCUCACCUUUUUAAUAUGUGCUUUUAACGUUAUCCAUUUAUAUUUUGUAUUCUUUGCCGAGGAAUGUUACUUUCUUUUGUUGAUUGAGACUUGCUUAGUAUAAUCUUCUAUAAGGAUUUUUCUCUGAUCCAACAUUUUUUAAUCCAGAAUUCCACGUCAAGUGCAAUAACUGUUAGAUUUAGAUCAGACAAUGACAGAAAAGCCUUUCAUUGUGCUUUUGAAGAGUGGAAGAAUGUUGUCACUGGUACAGGCACAGGUGCACUAUUGACAUGAUAUAAUUUUUUUACAUUUUCUAUGCCUAAAUUUGGGUUUCAUCUGUAUGCCCUUUGGUUGCAUGGUUUUCCUCUUAUUUAUUUAGGUGUUUCAUACUAUGUCAAAAAAAGUUAUAUUUUUCUCAUGAAAAUUCUUAGUUGGCCGACUUGCAUUUUUUAAAGGUAAGCACUAGUUGGUUAAAAGAGGGUAACAAGCAUUGUUUUCAAUUAGAGAUAUAAUUUUUAAGGUCCUUGAAGAAGCAUUCGUUGUCAUGCAUGUACUUAUCUUCAGCUGUGGCUUUGACGUACCAGGAAAUCUUGGUUAUUUAUUUUGUCACCAGUUAAGAAAUCAUUGUCCUUUUUGUGAGUCAACUAAGGAAAUUUGGUUGAUGACGUCUGGGAGCUCAAAUACGGUAGCAACAGUAAUAAUUUGAAUCAGAAGAAUUGGCUAUCAGUUUCCCAGAUCACCUCUUCUUUUCUUCUUUUUUAUUUCUUUUCCCGGGGGGUUGGGGUGGGGCGGUGUUGGGUGAAGUAUGCACAUGUUUUAGAGGGAAGCCUAAUCAUGGCUUAUUAUGGCCUUUAUUCAGAUUAGUUCAAUUUUCCAGGUUUUGCUCGUAUGGAGGUUUCGCUUUGAGAAAGUUCUGUAGAGGAUUUGGGAUGUUAGAUAUUGUGUUGGGACAUACAACGUAAUGGACUCGUAACGUUAGAUUUUGAGAUGUUUUCCUAUGUCAUAUAGUGCAUCAUUAGAAAGUCAAAGAGGAUUGUGAACGAGCAUACCAUACAACCUCUCUUUUGUUGGUUGAACAACAUUUACUCUUCAAUGUUGUGCUCAUUAAUGAGUAUUGAUUGAUAAAUUGUGUUAUUUAAUGACAAAGAGUUGCAAGUGGUAAAUUUUGCGUUUUCUAGGAUAUUGAAUGCCCAAGACCAAGUAAAUGUACAACGUACUUGGAAGAAUACUGCUCGACUAGUAGCAACAUCCUCAUUAUUCGAUAGACUAUAUAAACGUCGGGAUCUUGGUCUUCUUGAAAUUGCAUGGUGACAGAACCGUCAAUUCAUAAUUCUGGCCUCUGAGUUUUUUCUUUGUCAAACUUUUUAGUAUUGCAUAUUCUACGUAUUUACAUUGAAACUUUAUUUUUUUAUGCAUUCAUCAAUUCCUUUAUCACUGAUGUUGUCCCUUUUCUUCCUGUUGUUGGACAGGCUCAAAGUUGGAAAAUGGUGUCAUUUCAGUUUCCAAAAGCAAAUUUGAUGAUAAAAUAGAAGCUUCUUCUGCAAAAAUGUACUUUCAUUAUUAUGGCCAGUUAUUACAUCAGCAGAAUAUGUUACAAGAUUAUGUGAGAACAGGUCAGCUUGUAUGUGUCCCUGACAUCAUAAUAUUAAGUUAACAACUGCACUUGUUUUCUUACGACGAUAUUGCUAUGAAAAUAACCAGCAGUUUAUGUUAGUUUCCGACCUCCAUGACCCAUGCACAUUACUUUUUGUUACUUCGACAUGCUAAUAUUGAUCUUUUACCAGGAACAUAUUUUGCUGCUGUUGUGGAGAAUCGUGCAGAUUUUCAUGACCGUAUUGUUGUAGAUGUUGGUGCUGGUAGUGGCAUUCUUUCAUUAUUUGCGGCUCAGGUACAUUGUAAACGUUUUGAUUUUCGAAACGCACGAAACAAUUGGCCUGUGUGGAUGCCCUUCUUCCAUAUGUCAGUCAAUGCGUUUUCAGCUUAUUUCUUGUCUGUUCAUCAAUUAUUAUAACUUGUGUAGGCUGGUGCAAAACAUGUUUAUGCUGUUGAAGCAUCUGAGAUGGCAGAAUAUGCACAUAGACUGACUGCUGGAAAUCCAUCGCUUGGGGAAAGAAUAACAGUUUGGUCCCCCUCAGAGCUUAAUUAAUGUUGAUAUUACUUAUUAUUCCGAAAACUCCUGCGACUACAUUCAAAGUUUGCUGAAUCUUUGAACAGGUUGUCAAAGGUAAAGUCGAAGAGGUUACUCUACCUGAGAAGGCAGAUAUUUUGAUAUCUGAACCAAUGGGUAGGUUCGAUUCUCUUCAAGGAAGUAAUUUUUCUGUUUCCUAUAUAUUGAAUUAUAAGUUACAUUUAUGUUCACCUUUUACACAAUUCGUUCGAUUUUGCUUUUCAUCUUUUUGUGCCGAUAUUACGCUUAUUGUACGAAGCCAGUUUCUGGAUCAGGCUGGAGCCUAGUUGUUCAGAGAAAUCUUUUCGUAUCACAUAAGGACCAUUAUGUUUGGUCAUUGCAUCUCAUACAAAAUGUUAUGCCUUGCGUAAAAUAGUUUUCGCGCCCUUAACCACCAUGAUUUGUGAUAUUUCAUCCCGUUCAUCCUUGGAAUUCUCUCUUAUAUCCAAUGUGGAUUUGUCGAUUUGGAUAUCUUAUUUCAGGAUGAAAACUGUGAUCCUCCUUUUUAUCGAAGUUGAACCGGUUAUGAAUUGUAUAAGAUCGCUUUUAUUGUCUUGUUCAUUUGUGGGAUUGGACUUCUUACUUACUACUGGAGGAAGAAGAGUGAAGAGGUGCGCAAGCAUACUGUCCUGCCACCAGAUGAUAUGAAUAGGAUGUAAUCAAAGGAGGUAUAGGGGAAGAAGUUUAGGGAACGAAAAUGUAAGGAAAAAGUCUACCUUCAUUGCUUCUAGCAAUUGCCAGUGACAGCCUUGAUCAUGGCUGUCUGCUGUGCUUUCCCGCCAGUGGUUUUACUUGCCCUAUUUUCUAAACAUGAUGGAUAAGGUUACAUAGGUAGGUGGAGACAGAGAGGGGCUGAAGGCAGACUGUCACCGCAAGUUUGAGGACUUCUAUCAGGAGAGAGUGAUAAAUGACUACUCUUGGGGUGUGGGGGACUGGAUGAUUUCUGUUGUAUGCCCAAACGCUAAUUCUUCCGAGCAUUUCACAUUAUAAAUUCAUUUCUCGCUCUUUGGCGCUAGUUUUGAUAAUAUCUGCUACCUCAUGGUUUUUCAUUGAUGUAUGUUUCAUUAUAUUAUACUUUGCCAAAGGUCUCGGAUUAUGUUUGACCAGUAAUUCUUCUUUUGGGUUGUUGUCUGUCUUUUAUUAUAAAAAAAUUGUUAGUGAUUAAAUGUUUAUUAUUUUUAAAGCUGUAAAGUAUUUGUCAUUAUUUUGAGAAAAAUAAUAUUUCAUAUUUGAAAGCCGUAGUUGCAACUAACUUUCUAUUACAAAUUCCUUAGGCACUUUAUUGGUCAAUGAAAGAAUGCUGGAGUCUUAUGUAAUAGCAAGAGAUCGAUUUCUAACCCCCAAUGGCAAAAUGUUUCCGUCAGUUGGAAGGUGAUGUCUGCUUCAUUAAACAAUAUUUCUGUAGCUCUACGGUAAUUUCUUGUGUUAAGGGUUUUAUGGGAUUUAUCUGGUAUUCGACAUGUACUUUUUUCUGAUCACAGGAUUAGGUUGUGAUGGAAUGCUGUAUUUUUUUUAAUUGUCAUCAUUUAUCAUUCAUGCUUGAGGAGACCCAUUAAUUCCGAAUGAUGAUAUAUCAUGGGGUUCUCGGAUCUAAGUACUCAAUUCAUUUGCUGGCUGUAUGUUUCUGCCUACCCCUUCUUUAAAAUAAAAAAUGUAUAUCAUAUGCAAAUACUCCAGCCCUACUUUAGCUCUAUUAAUUCCUUCAUUUUAUUUCCUAAUUUCACAAGGAUCCUUGUGGUGUCAGGAUUUGACGAGGCUUAUUUUUGCUUUUCAUCUCAACUGCUCUUUUUCCAUUGUUUCUGGAUAUUUUCUAGCAUCUUUUGGUAUCGUUUUGAGGUUUGUGCUUUUUUAAUCAUGGCUAUCCAUUGUCACUUUUGGAGCAUCAUCGACAAUAGAAAAGAUGUACAAGCCUUUCACUGUGGUCCCAGAGUUCAUGGGAGCAGAAAUUCAACUCGUUGUAAUGGUUGUUUUUCUUUUGUCAAAUUAAUCUGUGUACUGUAUGGAACAUCUGUGAAUCAGCCUGUCUAGUUAUAUCAACGAGUAUCCGGUCGAUGUUAUCCAAUCCACCAAGAAUCUUGUCCAGAGUUAUUUGGGGUUCACUUGCACACAUAUACACUCGUAGACGUGGGCGUACACACUAGCUGCAAUGGUUGUUUUCCUUUCGUCAAAUUAAUCUGUGUAAUGCAUGGAACAACUGGGAAUAAGCCUGUCUAAUUGGAUUGACGAGUAGCUUGUUGAUAUAAUCCAGCCCUUUCAGAAUCUUGUCCAGAGUGAUUUGGGGUUCAUUUACACACGCACGCACACACUCGCAGUUGUGUGCGUACAUACAUGUAUUCAGUGGCUUUUUUUGGAAUCCCCUUUGUAAAAUUAGAUCAGAUAAUGCGAUUCCGAGGACCAUCUAAUAAUUUCAACUUUGGCUACUUCAUAACAGUUUACAACAUUAUGCUGUACGAUGCACAGAGCUUCAUUUUGUUCUUCCAAUUUCAUUUCUUGAAAACAUUUAUGCAUAAACUGCAUUUUUUUAUGUUUCUUUUAUCAGCCAAUUAUUUCUGUUCAUUAAAAAUGUAUUUUAUUUUUCUAUUUUCCGUUUAAUAUCAAACAUUUGCUGCUCUUUUGCUAUUUUCGUUGACAAAUUGCCUUGUCUUAUCAAUACUUUGUUCAAAAUAAGCUGAGCCUCAAAAUCGUGCACCUAUCAUGAAGCUGGAUUGAUUAUGACGUCUUAAAUUUCAAACCUGUAGGAUACACAUGGCACCAUUUUCAGAUGAAUAUCUUUAUGUUGAAAUCGCAAACAAGGUAUAUGAUAUAGUCUUGACGUUUUUAUCGAAUUUUUAUUUAUUUUAGUCUUACCUUGAUUGCAUCUUUAUCUAAAUAAAUUCAAAUAUAUAUAUGUACACCAUUAACGGCCCUUACAACUAAUCUGGUGGCUUUAUUGACAGAUAUUGUUGAAUCAUAGAGUUAGUUUUUCUCAAUUUUGAUGUGUGGAAAAAUUGGUUUGAUGAUUCGCUGAUGGUGAAAUAAUUUAACUUCCAAAAUGGUCUGGAAACGUGACCGCUCUUAUCUUAUUUUAUUUCCUCACAUUUUAAAAUAAUUAUUUUGAUCAUUGUAUAUUUUUCGGUUAAGAAUAUCUGUAAAUAAAUGGACACUAUUCAGCUACUACUUUGUUGGGGAAAUUUUCUGGGGCUGGUUUUUGUGUACGGCUUUUCCCUACACUGGUCAAGGUUUUGUUCUGAGAUUUUUCUCCCAUUUUAGGCUCUCUUUUGGCAACAGAAGAAUUAUUUCGGUGUGGACCUUACUCCCUUGCAUGGACCCGCAUUCCAGGGAUAUUUUACUCAGGUAAGUCAUUUACAAUCAUUUUUGUGAUUCCUCAUUGAAAAUCUGUAUGCAUUCAAUUCUAUUCGAUGUUUUUGAAUAUUAAAUUUUUUAAUUUUUUUUCUACGUAUUUUUAGUCCGUUUUCCUGUCGUGCGGGAUAGCAUAUUUCAUAAUAUUACGAUUCUUUUUUGCCUUCUUCCAGUUUCUUUCUUUAGAAUUUUCAACUUUUGAGUGUUACUGUAAUACAAAUUUGUGUUAUUAUAGAACCAGUGUUUGUGUAUUUUUAGGCAGAAUACAAGUUCAUCCUUUCAUUUAGCUCGAAUCUUAAAUGGAGUGGCUUGUUGCUCUGUUGACACUUGUAUAGCUGAUUUAUUUAUAGGCUUAUGUUAAAUUCGUGUAGGUUGAUGGCCCACUUCACAUUUUUCAGCUUGAAACAAAGGAUUAGAUCAUUUAGCUCACUCAUUAGUUGUAAAUCUAGUUUCUAAACAGGUACGAGUAGAGAAUAGGGGGAAUUAGAGAGCACACCUCUCACGUGGUAUUGCUAUGUACUUGUAUGCAAUUACUAGAACAUAAAAAGGGCCAAAACUGGAAAGAAUGGUACUGUGAUAAUAUUGCACGGGGAAUGUGUCAUCCCAUCUGAACACAGAUCCACAAGGCAUCAUAGACUGAGAGUUUUCCAAAAUUCGUCUACGACUUGAUGAAUAAGUCAACAACGUGCUCUGCAGAAGAAAUAUUAGGAAGAGACAGCAUCGGAGAGGUAUCAUUUGGGGAUGGGUGAAUGUUGAUCUCUAUAUGUUACUGAAUAUUCAUCCUGGGAAUAUUAGACAAGGACGCCAAAGGUAACAUAUGAUAAAAUAAUAAACCACAUGAACGGAGUAAAGUUUCAAGAACCUCCUCAAUAGGUAUAAGGUUAUUUCUUGAUGUCGAUCCAUAUGCACAUUGAGUCCUCUGUACAGUUGGUAAUGCCAGCAAAGACUAUGGGGCCGGGUCUACAAGCUUAAGAUAAUGAAUUGUGUGAACAAGUCUACAAAAUACUUAGGUGCACAGUGCUGCACUCAAGAGAGCAGCGCCGUGGCAAACCUUAACUGAGUGGCCAUGUUGUCGAAACCUGGCGAGGACACCCUGGCAAACCAUGGUAGCGAGGCAGAUCAUGGUGCUCAGAUUGGAGGCAUCAGUUGCAGGUGAAACAACGAGCCAAGAGGAAUGUUGGCUGGCUCUCACCAAAGUGAUAGCAGUGACGACAACAAUAAUUGGCACUCAGUGUAGACAGCCGCCGUAGGCACUGAUGUUAUAACCUUUUUUGUUCUGAAGUAUAAACCUAGAGCCUACGAGUGUGAGGAAGAAGCAUGCAAAGAUAGCCGACGUGAAGCAUAGGUGAGCUUGAAACUUGUCAAAGAAACCCAAUCAAAAACGAAAGAAUAGGGCAUGUUGUAUUGCUGUGUAUAUAUGUUUGUAGAUAUUGAUAGAUGCAUAUCCAAGUACAGGAGCCCCAAUAAGUGUGGAAAUGAAAAAGAAAUAAAAUGGAGACUGGAGAACAUAUACUAUAUUCGAUCAACAUAACUGACGAAACCUCUUUCUAUGAUAGCUGAAAUAUACAAUUUAAUGAUGUAGUGCUGCUCUUUUUGAAGUAGUUUUAUACCCAACUUUUCCUCUGAUGGUGUUAUAGUGAUUUCUUGAUGCAGCCAGUGGUCGAUGCUUUUGAUCCGAGGUUACUGAUCUCGCCAGCUGUAUCUCACACGCUAGAUUUUACUUACAUUAAGGUGAAGCAUCCAUGCGAUAUAAGCUUCCCUAUUUCUAUAAUUAACAUUAUUAUCUCCUUAUAUAGCAUUGAAAUGUACUUUGCUUGAAUCAGUCACUGUUUAUCCAAUCAUUAACGCAACCAUUACUACCCCUAAAUUAUAAACUUCACAUUUUUUACCAUUUUCAGGAAGAAGAGCUCUAUGAAAUCGAUAUUCCUCUCAGUUUCAUAGCCUCAAUUGGCACCAGGGUACAUGGGCUAGCAUGCUGGUUUGAUGUAUUGUUCAAUGGCAGGUAGCUAUCUUGCUCCAAUCUGUGUGCUACUUUGCCGUGAUGCCUGCCCCCGAAUUCAAUUGCAGUCAACUCUUGUAUGAUCUAUUUCUGGGUUUCUUAGUUUUAAGUAUCACCCUUUUGUUUUUUUUUUUUCCUCUCUCAUUACUAAAUCAAUGAAAUCUGUUUAUUCAUCUCCUUCCAAGGUGACAAUGGAGGGUAAAAUUUUCUACCGGGGUUACACGUUGAAGCUUCCUUUUGCAGUUAACAUUUCAUGACCUUGCUGCAACACUCUGGACCUUUUCUUGAAUUUGCAUCUCUGGCAGAAGAUUUCUUGAACUAAGUGUCACAUUUGCCCAAUCUUCGUUCAGUGUCGCUGUGGAAUGACACGUUAAAGGUCAAUGACGGUUAUGUACCUGUGAAGCUUGUCCUCGGUGGGAUUACCUUCCCGGAAUUAGACGGUGAUUAGUUUUGGAUCUCAAUCAGUAGAGAGGAGGGCACACUGAGGUUGGCGUUUCGAUCUCAAUUGGAAUGGGAAACAGAUUGAAGUCAAAUCCUACUUAAAUUUUGCUGAAGCAAAUCACAAGGAUUUUAGUAGUUAGGAUAAGGUCGAACCUGCUUACGUUAGCCCAGUCAGCCAUAAACUGCCAGAUCCAACCGUCACAAGUUUGCGUGAAGGGAUAGAUUACCUACACAGGAAUUGAUUUGUAAAACCUUGCAUUUGAUUACCUACACACAGAAUUGAUUUGUAAAACCUUGCUUUGCUCCCUUAUUAAAUGCCCCUUUUUUUUCAUGAUGCUUUGCUCAUUAAAAACUGGGACAUCUCCAAUGAAAUCUUUCUUCACAGCUCUGUUCAGAGGUGGCUCACUACUGCUCCAGGUGCGCCCACCACUCACUGGUAUCAGCUCCGUUGUGUGCUCUCCCAGCCUUUAUAUGUUAUGGCUGGUCAAGAGAUUACCGGGCAACUCCGCAUGGUGGCCCACAAUGCUCAGAGCUACACGCUCUAUUUAACCCUGUCAGGUGGGUCUUGUUUAAUUCAUCUAAUUCGCUGCCUCAGUGGUGUCUCUGGCCCAAUCCUUUUUGUCUGAAAUUUCCUCUUUUAGCUAAAAUGUGGGGCGCCGGCGCUGAGCUGGGGGGCAUACUGCAGACAUCUUCGUGCAAGCUUGACCUAAAAGAGCCCUACUAUCGUAUGUCCCAGCCGCAGCCUUACGCAUGGAGUCAGGAUCAGCAGUCCCAGCAGCUGGUUAAUCCACAGGUAUCCAGCUAUAUUCUGGGCUUUGAAGCUAUUUUCUGUUCUAUUUUAUGCGAGGAUGUCACCUUCUUAGAUCUUCCGUCUGACUCCCCCCACCGUCUUCCAGGGAAUUUCCACUCAAUCGCAGGAUGGAGACAGCCUAAUGCACUCUCCCACUCAGAAUCCUGAGUCAUUGUUGAAUCAAUAG